GAUACGAGUGUGCCACUCGGCAUGCGAAUCGUACAACUCAGCAUGUGGGGCCUCUCUUGAUUGCUCGGACCAAACACUGUUUAGCAGUGAUGACGAGGCACAAGGACAAUGCACGGGCUGGGGUGAGUUUACGUCAUGGUUGUGACCCGGUUGCACGAUAUCAUGCAAUUCUGUAUAUUGUAGGGAAGCUUUUCGCGUUCGAGCCCUUAUUUUUCGGUUUGGUCUAUAGCUUGCCAUGUUUUUGGAUGGAUAGGCUUUCAGUGGGGGCACAAAUUUGCAGGUUAAUUUAG